AUGACUUCAACUAUUCGAGAAUUAGCUACACAGAUCCUUGCCCUCUGCACCCACCUCGAACAAACGUGCAAUGAAGCUGAUAUUCCCCCUCCGUCACUCUCCGCAGACACCAGAAGUUCAUUCUGGUCUAAUUCUGAGAUAGAAGCUACACGAUCUACAGCUAUCGGUUUGCUAGAGGAACUAACUGUUCUUAUUCAGGGGCCACAAGAGUUCCUACAUGAGUUCGUCGCCUCGCACUGGGACCACGGGGCGCUAUAUGCAUUCCUCCACUCGCAGCUCCUCGAGUAUAUAGCGAGUUCGGGGCGCGCUUCUAUUGAAGACCUCGAAUCUCAAUCUGGUAUCCCAGCAGACAAGCUAGUUCGGAUCCUUGGGCUACUUCGGUGUCGGCGCAUCGUUGAUGAGCCCGAAAAGGGUGUUUAUACGCUGACUGCGGUAUCGGAAGAACUGGUCAAAGACAGCGAUUCAAGGGCGUGUUUGGAGUUCCAGUACGUAUUACCUGCGAGAUAG